AAAGAAAUCAAAAAAAGAUAUUAGCGCUAAUAUAAUAGUUCUAGUUAUCAGUACUUCAAGUUCCCAAAUUAAUAAUGCACUAGAUGCUCUUCAAGCUAAUAGCAGCUUUGAGAACUAUAAUAAUUUUAAGUCUACAUUAGAAGCUAAUUUUUUUGAAGAUAAAUUUGCAAAUAUAUUACAAACUGAAGAAAUAGAAGAAUACAUUACCAAUUCACAAAGUGAUGAAUAUAAUGACAUUAAUACACUUUCAUACUGUAUGGACGAAGUAAAAAAAUUUAUUGCUAUACAGUUUCAAAAUGCUAAAUUAUUUGAAGAGCCUGCAAAGUUUGUAUUUGAAAUAGAAUUAGAUUCAGGGCUUUCAGACGCUGUUGAACUUGGUCAAAAUCUUGAAACCAACCUAUUAAACCUGAAAAAAAAAUCAAAAAUAGCUUUGCACAAUUUACCAAAAUUUUCACUUUACUACUAG